AUGAUCCUCCACAGCUCGAACCAGUUCGGACGACUAACCAAGUGGGCGAUAGAACUCAGUGAGUAUGACAUCGAUUACCGCAUCCGCCCAACCGCCAAAUCUCAGGUAUUGGCAGACUUUUUGAUCGAACUACCUCUCAGCAAUGACAAACUAUCCCACAAUAGGGUGGACGAAAUAUGGACCCUGCAUGUCGACGGAGCCUCUUUGCAACUCAGUUCCGGGGUCGGAAUCCGCCUGACAUCCCCAACAAGAGAAAUUCUGGAGCAGUCGUUCCAACUACGCUUCCAGGCAACAAACAAUGUCACCGAUUAUGAAGCUUUAAUCGCCGGUCUCAAACUUGCCGACGGAAUGGGGAUCAAGCGAAUUCGCGAAUUCGCCAGUCAGUUCAGUGGUGACGAGUUCGAGCUGAUCAAAAUCCCAAGAGGAGAUAACGCUCCAGCCGACGCCCUGGCAGCACUCGCCUCGAAUUCAGACCCCAAUUUCCGACGCGUCAUACCAAUCGAAAGCAUUGACACGCCAAGUAUUAAGGAAGCUCGGCCAGCAACCUGCCUCGCCCUUCAUCAACCGAACGAGAUAAGAACCACGUGGAAAACUGCAACCUCAAAAUGGGACUUCGAACCUCCCUCUGAAGACGACAAGACGGAUUGGGGAGUCGAAAUCUGUGCCUCUUUGGCAGACGACGACAUGCCAACAGACAAAUGGGCAAAACGACUGUUGAAAACAAAGGCUGCCCACUAUACCCUAAUUAAGGAACAUUUACUUCGGUGGACCGCAUCGGGAGCGUUACUCCUUUGCUUACAUGGUAAAGGCACAGAACGAGUCAUGACGGAAACGCACGAGGGAGCCAGAGGGAACCAUUCGGGAGGACGAGCCCUGGCACUACGCAUCAAAAAGCAUGGCCAUUACUGGCCAACCAUGAUAUUUGACUGUGAGAGGUUCGUCGCUAAGUGCGAGAAAUGCCAACGACAUGCACCCAUCAUCCACCAACCUAUGGAACUACUCCGAACCGGAGCAGCCCCAUACCCGUUCAUGCGAUGGGCGAUGGACAUAAUUGACCCACUACCCACGUCAAGACAGAAGCGUUACAUCCUCGUCCUAACCAACUACUUUGCGAAGUGGGUAGAAGUCGAGUCUUACGCCAAUAUAAAAGCUAAGGACGUCCAACUAUUCAUGUGGAAAUUCAUAAUUUGCCGACAUGGGCUGCUAUACGAGAUAGUUACCGAUAACGGCUCCCAGUUUAUCUCCCUUCAGUUCGAAGAUAUUUGUGCCAAAUGGCGAAUCAAACUACGAAAGUCGACCCCGAGAUAUCCACAAGGAAACAGGCAGGCAGAGGCAACGAAUAAAACCAUUCUCGACGGGUUAAAGAAAAGAAUGGAUGCCAAGAAAGACGCUUGCGCAAACGAACUUGACGGAGUGCUCUGGUCUUACCGAACGACGCCACGAUAA